CUGGAGACGGUAAACGGCGGCGGCGGCGGCCGCAGCGGGCUCAUGUCGGACCUGGGCUCGGAGGAGUUUGAGGAAGAGGCGGAGCACGAUCUCGGGGAAUAUGAAGGUGACCGUAAUGAAGCUGGUGAAAGGCAUGGUCAUGGCAAAGCAAGAUUACCCAAUGGGGACACAUAUGAAGGGCGGUAUGAAAAUGGAAAAAGAUGUGGUCAGGGGACCUACAGGUUUAAAAAUGGGGCCCGCUACAUUGGAGAAUACCUCAACAACAGAAAACAUGGUAAAGGCACCUUCAUCUAUCCGGAUGGAUCAAAAUAUGAAGGAGACUGGGUAAAUGACCAAAGACAAGGCCAAGGAGUUUACUACUAUGUAAAUAAAGACACCUACACUGGAGAAUGGUUUAGUCACCAAAGGCAUGGACAAGGUACCUAUCUCUAUGCUGACACCGGCUCUAAAUAUGUUGGCACCUGGCUAAGUGGACAGCAGGAUGGAGCCGCUGAACUUAUUCACCUAAACCACAGAUACCAGGGCAAGUUUGUGAACAAAAACCCAGUGGGACUAGGGAAGUACAUUUUUGACAUUGGGUGUGAACAGCAUGGUGAAUAUGUACCAGCAGAUCAGGACAGAGGGGAAGAAGAGGAGGAGGAGGAAUCUUUAUCAGCUGCUUCUCCAAAAUGGAGAGUUUCCAAAAUCACCCCAUUAGCCCUCUGGACAGCAACCGAUGAAGAGCCCCCGGCCCCGGUCACCACGGUGCUAUCUUCAGAAGGGGUAUACAUGUCUGAAGAUGGUGAGAGGGAGCCAUCUCUAGUUGAAGUUGCAGAGAGUAGAGAAGCUGAACCCGACGCCAAGCCAGGGGAAGACUUGCAAGAAGAAGAAAAGGACAAAGAGGAACCCAAGGAGGAGCCCGAAGAGGAAGUCAAAGAUGAUAACAUGGAUCAGGAAAAUGUCAUGGCAGAUGAGAAAGAAGAGGAAGUGAGAAUGUCAGAAGCUUCAGAUGUAAACUAAGAGGACUAAAGCAAAGCUGUUUCUUCUUCAUAAACUACAGAAAUUUUAUUUCACACAACUGUUUGUUAAAGGGGGUUGAAUUUAAAUAUGCAAAUAAAGGUGUUCAUGAUAGUUUA